CACGUGUUCUCGCGUGAUUGGUCGCGUGUUUUUUUUGUGCCGUCGAUUGAUUUUCGCCUUCCUUUUCUCUCGUCGGCGAAAGCUUUGGCUCAAGCUUUGUCCAGCUAUUUCAUCUCCUCUUCUUUCAAAUCGUGUCUUGUAUUUCACUCUCUUCCACUCCGAUCUGUUGUAUCGUUGAAUUGAAAAAGUUUCCACCAACAACCGAUAUAAACGAGGCACUUGUGGAUGCCCCUAACAUGGAGAGAAUCCAGAUGAAUUUAAAGAGAUUGUCUCUUACUGACAUUGUGAUUGAUAUCAACAGAGUGCCCAAGAAGAAGAAUUUGAUUGAGGCAACGGACAAGGCUGUAUCUAAGCCAUUGGCUAGAAACCUCAAAGUCUGCGGGAACAAAGGAGUUUUUUCUUCUCAUGGUGAUCUUGCAGAGGACUUAUCUCAUAUCAGUGAUGUUGAGGUCUUGGUUCUCAAGCAGAGGAUAUAUGGGCAAAGGAAAACUGUCAGGGAAAUAGUUGGAGAGGAGCAGAUGAGUCUGAGAAUGGUGGCACAACAAGAGGCUUUCACAUUGGUGGAUAUUUUUGAUAAGAUUCUCCAUUCAACCUUCAUUUAUGUUCUAGAUCUUGUUACAACUGGCUUCUCUGCUUUCAGUCUCCAUGAACUCUUUUCCUUGUCGGUGUCGAGAACAAUCAGGUCCAAUCCUGAGGUGAAGUAGAGGGGGGCUUUAGACAUCAAUAAUAAAAACAAUUUAAGGGG